GUUUUGCCGUGCUGAGCAAUCCCAGACCCCCGCCCAUCGCACCGCCCAGAAAGCCGAUCAUACGACAAUGUCGUGGUGGGCCGCCGCGAAGAGCAAGCUGAUGCCGACGAAGGAGCUCACCCCGGCGCAGAACGUGAUCGAGGAGACGCGUGCGCGUGAGAAGGAGGAGGCAAAGGCGCGCGAGCGCGAGCAGAAGGUGCGCGAGAAGGAGGAGAUGAAAGCGGCGAAGAAAGGGAAGGAUGGCGGGUGGCCCGCGAGCACGUCGAGUCACGACAACGACCCCGCGCUGUCCGCGUUGAAGAGCGGCACGGAGGCGGCGCUCUCGCAUCUCAAGGCUGGAGGUGACACGAUCAGGGCACCUGCGCCCUUCACUCCCUCCUCGUACAAACCUGUUCCUCUUAUGGGCGGUUCCCCGGUCUCCUCAAGCCCUGCCCCGGCUUCUGCACGUCCGAUAGCAGCAACGACCCCGCCGAACCUGUCGCCGAGGCGUACUACAGGCACGCUAGGCUCGCAGGGCCCCAUCGCCGAUACCUCAGCCUCGAACCCCUUCAACGCGCCACCCGCAAGUCCACGUCAGGUAUCGACUACGUCGACGACUAGCGUGACGAUGCAUGAUCUCACUCGCCAAUUCCCCUCUACGCCAAAGAUGACUGCACACGAGAUACGCGCUGCUUCCCCGAUUCUCGAAGCGCGCGGUGCAUCGCCAGGUCCGUACGCGCGCGCGAACGGUGUCGCGUUGUAUGGCGACUUCUCCUCGCCCGCGGACUACACGCCGAAUCUUAUUUCUGACGUGGUGCGGUGACAGCGGGCGCGAUGCGCGCGCUCUCGAGGGCGAUUCUCUGCGAGCUCAAUAGCUCAUAUCAUAUCAAGUAACAGCAUUGUAUCUUGCAUAGAUUCCUCGGAAGAACGUGACUUCGAGAGCGGAAGUAUAGUCGGUAAAGUUUCCGGGGGUCGGCACAGUUGGGAAGGACGGAGGCG